CAUGCAAUAACUAUAAGCUUUUAAAGGCCCGCUCCGUGACAAGUAUCACCUUCCUUUAUUUAAGUGUUCUUUUGAGUAAAUAGAAACCCUCAACAGAUGGCUAGCUUUUGGAAGCUAUUCCUUGUGAAAACUAUAUUGUCCUUAUCCAUAAUCCUACUUAGAAGACUAGGACUCUGGCAAGAAUCAAAGAUCAGCAACGAUUCCCAUUCAAAAUUUCAAAAGCAGGAGCAGCAGCAGCAACAGUACUAUUUUGUCAAGAGCCCAUUAGCAGAUCAUCUUUCACAAAAACAGACAUUGUUGGUUUUUGAUGUUGAGUCCACAUUGCUGAAAUCACCUUCCUUAUUUCCUUACUUCGUGCUUGUUGCAUUUGAAGCUGGAGGACUGUUCAGAGCUCUCGUUUUGCUUCUUUUUUACCCCUUUGUUUGUUUUCUUGGCAAUGGCAAUGACCUAGGGUUAAAUAUAAUGGUUUUCAUAUCUUUCUUUGGGAUUAGAAAAGACAGGUCCAGGGUUGUCAGGGAUGCUGUUCUGCCAAAGUUCUUUCUUGGAGAUGUUGGGUGGGAAGGAUUUGAUAUAGUGAUGAACUAUGGGAAGAAAAAGAUAGGAGUGAGCAAGUUGCCUAAGGUUAUGGUUGAAGGGUUCUUGAAAGAUUACAUGGGUGUGGAGGGUGUUGUGGGUAGGGAGUUGAUGGUGAUAAAUGGGUAUUAUGUUGGAUUAAUGGAGAGCAAAGAGAUGGAUUAUUGGGGUAGAUUAAAUGAGUUUCUUAUUGAAGAGAAGAAUAAAAUUGGCUGCUAUACUGUUGGUAUUGCUUGCUCCUCCAACAGGCCCCUUCAUACGCAACUGCUUCGGCACUGUCAGGAAGUUUACUCAGUGACAGAAGCAGAGAAAAGAAAUUGGCGAAUCCUUCCAAGAGAAAGAUACCCAAAACCAUUAAUAUUCCACGACAGUAGAUUGGCUUUCAGGCCUACUCCUUUUGCCACAAUUGCCAUGUUCAUGUGGCUUCCAAUCGGCCUCUUCCUCUGCAUUAUCAGACUGAUUCUUGGCAUUUUAUUGCCUUUCAGGAUUUCCUCUCCAAUCCUUGCAUUGACUGGAAAAAUUACUGUAAUAUCCAAACCCAAACGCCCCUUUAUCUCUACCAAAAACGAAGAAAAACCAACAAAAGUACUCUAUGCUUGUAACCACAGAACAUUACUAGACCCUAUCUAUAUCUCAUUUUCUCUGAUGAAGCCAGUCACUGCACUCACCUACAGCAUGAGCAGAUUCAAUGAGGUUAUAUCCCCAAUCAGAACAGUCCGACUAACGAGAGACCGAGAACAAGACAGAAAACAGAUGAACAAGGUGCUAAGCCAGGGUGAUCUUGUAGUUUGCCCUGAAGGAACAACUUGCCGGGAACCUUACCUGCUGAGGUUUAGUCCAUUAUUUGCAGAGCUUGCCGACGAGAUAGUUCCUGUUGCUAUAGAUGUGCAUGUCACUAUGUUUUAUGGAUCAACAGCUACAGGACUUAAAUGUUUAGAUCCAGUAUUUCACCUCCUCAAUCCUCAACCAAUAUACUUAAUCAAGAUUCUUGAGAAGUUACCAAGUUUCCAGAUGCAUAUGGAAGGCGGAACAUCAAAAUAUGAUGUUGCCAAUUAUGUGCAGAAUGAGAUUGCCAAAACUCUAGGAUUCGAGAGCACCGGUCUUACAAGGAAAGACAAAUACAUUGCGUUGGCAGGCAACAACGGAAUCAUCUAGCACUACAUCAGACUAUUACUAGAUGUUUGCAAUUUUGUAAUUUCUCAGAAGUAAUUAAAUAACAAGCAUGUAUUCUAUUACUUUUUUCAAAACAAGGUUGUUCCCUCUUGAAAUUUUUUGUAAAA